ACUUCGAUCCUCGGGCUUAUUAUUACAUUUUCUCCACGAUCCACGCAUUGUUUCACCCUGCCGUGUUGUGAGAAGCAAGGGAAGUCACCAUUAGGCACCGUAGAGACACAAGGAGACGCGGUGCCAAGGGAAUACAGGAGAAGCGAGCGAGGUGACAAGAUUUGGCGGGAAAAAGUGAUCAGCUGACCCGCCAUGUAAACAAAGGCAGGGGCGACCACCGGUGUGUCUUGUGAUGGAGAAAAUCGUCAUAUAUGUGUCCACAGAGAGACAAAACAAUUUUCUCAUACAAGAACUGGAGUCUGCCGUGCAUGUCUUAACUGAGAACUCAAAGAAAAAAUGUUGGGGUCCGUCCGUUCGUCUUGCCUCUGUCAGUGUGAGGGAGGGGGUGUCCAGCCCUCCCGCAGCCCCCCACGACCCCACCAUGACCCUGUGGCAUGACUGGGCCGCCCCGGAGCCUCUGAGGGGACUGGAGCAUGUGCAGGGUGAUUCUUCAGGGGAUAAGGAUGCCAAUGAAGGGAAGGAAAAGGAGGAAGGGGAGGAAAAAGAGGUGUUUAGGUACAAUGACUUCUUCUUGCUGGGGGAGGCACUGCACAGGCUCCUGGAUGAGGUGGGGGAGCCCGGGGCCGCAAUGCUGUCACUUGUGUGGUGUGUGGAGGCUUAUGUCCCCACUCCGAGUGAGGUGCCAGAGUUCUUCGGGGCUCUGCAGAGGUUCCAGCAGUGGCACUUUGGGGCGCUCCACAUUGCCUGCCGGGACAGAGCACUGGUGGAGGAGUGGGAGGAGUACUUUCCACUACAGCUCCUUGAUAAGUCCUCUGAGGUUGUGGCGGGAGUAAUCAAGAACUUCUGGCGAGGACACCUGAGCCUUUGGGAGGAGACCACUGGGGAGACUGUGCGGCUGCCCCUGUGCGAGCUGGUGUGUGCCCAGGGCCAGCCACACUCCUCCCUGCUGCCCCGCCAGCAAGCACCACUUUACUUCCUCCCAACGGCGGAGGUGAUGGCGGACUUUGAUGGAGGGACAAUGCCAUGGGUGUAUCUGCAGAGUGGCGCCAUCUACUGCCUCAACCCAGCGCCCUCCUGUGACCUUGAGGACCAGGAGGAGAUGACGGCUGCCCUACACCUCUUCACAGCCCAGCCUGGGACAGUGACGCUGGUUCGGCUGCAGUUCUCGACUUCUCCCCCCGUGCUGGACAACCUGAAGGCCCUCACCACAGACGAGUGGAAGAGGGCCAAUGCUGAGGGCCACUUUGACCUCAUCCCCACCCCACAGUUCAAAGGGUGCCACUCCACACUAAACAUGCUGAUUCUGAGUGAAGGAGCCACCAAGGGGAAGGCGUGGGUGGUUGCUCUCAAGGAUCCUGAAUGCAUUGGGGAGGACGUGAUGCGCAUUAUCAACACUUCAACACACACCAAGAGCAGCCACAGUCCGCGGGAGGCCGACAGGGUGCUGGAGCUGCUGAAGGAAACGCCGUGCCUGACUCCUAUGCACAUGAGGGCCUUCUCCCACCUGUACCUUCACCUCCCACACCAGAUUCAGGAGAGGCUCACGGCAGCAGGACAUAAGACGGGGGACCUCGAGGCAUCAGAGCAGCAGGAGGUGGAGGCCGCAGCAAGCCAGGAGAUCCUCAGCACAAUCCUGGAGGCCCCCGCACCCCCACCAGUCCUCUCCUCUCACCUUGUCACAGUCCCCCCUGAGACAGCCGUGAGCAGCACUGAUUGGCCGGAGUACAUCGCGCUGGAGAGGGCUGAGGCAGAGGCUGAGAGGUCAUCACAUGCACGCCGGACCUCUGGGGAUCUAUUGGGCGGCCUGGCUCCCCCUCCCAGCAAGGCCAUUCUCACCCUGGAUGCAGCCCAACUGGUCAAGCUCUUCUCCAAGACGGGCCAGGCGGCGGACUCCAUCAGGCACAAGAUCAACAAGCACAAUACCCUUGGUCGCUUCCCCUUCAAGUUUACGUCUUCCCUGGAGGAUGUGAAACGCCUGGCGUGGCCUGAGGCUCUGUACGCCCACCACCAUGGCAUUCACUACAACUUGGGCGAUAAAAGUGAGAAGUUUGUGGAGCAUUGCAGUCAGGUGGAGAGGAGAUACAUCCGCCAGGAAGUCGCCUCCACCUGCACUGUGUUCCAGGACAAGGAGACCGUGUAUGUGAAGGUCAACACUCACCCUCAGCAAAGGAAAGACUCAAAGGACCUCCAGAGACCCACACAGAAACCCCAGAACUUGAGUAAGCUGGAGACCAGGAGUGGCAGGGUGGGCCGGGCAGGCAGUGUUCUGGGACGCAAGGCAGGGGUACGGGGCCGAGGGGAGAGAGCCCAGCCACUGAGACGCUCCCCUCGCAAACGGCAGCUCCUUAUUCCUGAAAGUGGUCUGCGGAGGUCGCCACGCAAGGCAGUGAAGAAUGUUACAGGGGAUACUUUGGCUGACCUCAUGAAGCCGUCAGACCUCCUGAAGCCAGCACACAGCAAGGCAUCGGCAAGCAAGACUGCUGCACUUGCCAAGAAAGUGCCAAAGCCUGCCGACCUGAGCAACAUACACAAACAGAAACUGCGAGUGGCUGUGUUGGAGUCACUGGAGCGGGAGGGCGUUCGCAUGAAGGACCCGCUGUUCAAGGUGUGCUUCAAGAAACUGUUUGCCGUGUGCCACCCCUUUGCCCUGGAUGUAAUUGGCCAGGGCUCCACCAGCAAGAACAUGGAAAAGAUUGCCACCGCUCACGUCAAGCAGGUCAUUGAUUUUGAGCGGCGCCGAGCCCUCAAAGCAAGGAAAUGACCACUGUGAGGGACGUGUGUUUUGUGAUCGCUUGGUGUUAUUUUGUCGUUUGUGGAAUUACACUGAAACAUUUCUCUGUCAGAUGUUUUUAUUUAUUUUUUUUUUAUUUUUAUGGUAUGUAUGAUUGUUAUUUGUUUGUUGUUAUUGUUGCUAUUUUGUUGUAUUUUUUUAUGUAACCUGUCUCAUUGCACUUUUAAACCCUUUUCCUUUACAUAAUCAUAUCUUGUCUUCUGUAUCUUACUUCACCAUAC